GCCAAAAUGGGGAAAAAACGUGAAAUCCCGAACAAUUUCACAUCGUUUUGCCGUUUGUGUCUCGGCAUAACGGACGAUUUGAUCGACAUCACUGCCGAAGACCAAGACUACGACAUAAUUGAGUUGGUUUUCGAGACAAUCGACAUCAAAUUUCUCAAAUCGCAUCCACUCUAUGCACAUCAGUACGUUUGCGAAUCCUGCCUCAACAUUUGCAAGUUCAUCAAAAAGUUUCGCAAGGACUGCACAAAUUCGCUGCAGACCCUUUCGCGCAGCGUAAUCUACGAAAUGCCCAAAGAUGCCACGGAAAUGUGCUGGACUGGCGAUCGGAAACGCAUGAAGGAGCUAAUUGAGGAACUGAAAACGUUGCAAGAGGACUCGCUGAUCGUUCAGUCGGAGCAUUACAAGGAAAUGUGGAAGAUGAGUGUCGAGGACAAGGACUUGAUCGAGACGGAUUUGGCAGAAGAAGACAUCAUUAUGGAGAUAAAGAACGAAAUUAAGGAAGAAAUCGAGGAAGUUCAAGUCGAAACUGUCGAUUUUGAUCCCAACGAUCCGGAAUUCGGGGAAAAUGACGGCGGAGAUCAAGAUGUCGACGACGAAGAUUACGUUCCGAAGGCCGAAGAAGAGGAAGAAGCGAACGAGGAAGAAGCAGCAGAAGAAAUGGAAGUUGCGGAUGCCGAACAAACUGACGAAAACGAAGCAAAAAAGCCAAAAAGAAAGAAAUACAAAAAAUUCCAGUGUGACAUUUGCCUAAAAUUCAUGGAUGGCUACGACUGGAAGUUUCACAUGAACACGCAUCUCAAAAUUUAUCCGUUCCGUUGCGAAGAACCUGAUUGCGAUCGUAAAUUUACCACGCCAGGCAACUUACAGGCACAUCGAAAGAACGCUCAUAACGGCAAAAAAGUCCCCGAAUCACCCGAACACGCAGAUAAACUCGUGCCCUGCGAAAAAUGUGGACUUGAAUUCACGAAAAAGCAACUUUACAACCACAAAAAAAGACAACAUGCUGACGAGCAACACGAAUGCGACGAACCCGAUUGUGGCGAAAUAUUUUCGACUCUCCAACGGCUAAAGCGACAUCAGAAGCAAUGUCACUCCGAUAAACCGCGACAAAAGUACACUUGCGAGUUAUGUGGCAAGGCAUUCCGGAAGACGAGACUUAAAUAUCACAUGAAUAUCCACUUAAAUCUCAAACCGUUCGUUUGUAACUACGAAGGAUGCACAAAAGCUUGUCCCGAUCCCGGACAACUCGCAGUUCACAAACGGAUCAUCCAUUUGAAGACAAUAAAGAUCGUUUGUAAGAUUUGUGGGAAGCCGUUCAAGACAAAGGCGGAUCACGAUAUCCAUUUUACGUAUCACGGAACGCCCUCGUUGCCCUGCCAAAUCUGCGGAAGGCUUUUGAUGAACAGAAAAACUCUCGCGAAGCAUUUACUGAUACACACCGGCGAGAAAAAGUACAAAUGCACGUUCGAGGGAUGCACGAAAAGUUUUCCCGUAUCGACUGGGUUGACGGUUCACAUGAGAUCGCACACCAAAGAGAAACCUUACGCUUGCGACGACUGCCCCGAAAAAUUCGCUUAUCGCAUCGGACUGCGACGUCAUGCCCAAAAAGUUCACGGAAAAGUUGUUUAAAAAAAAAUCCUCGUUUAAAUUAAAAUCCUUAAAACAUA